AUGUCUGACCCCGCCGCAGAAGUCGCAGCGUCUCGGGACGACGGCAAGGUGCACCUCUUACUUUGCGCCUCAGGCUCGGUAGCAACCAUCAAGAUUCCAAAUAUCAUUGAAGCGCUCGGCAAACAUGAAAAUCUCUCCAUCAGACUCAUCCUCACUGCUUCCGCGGCACAGUUCUUGACAGGCAAUACGGAAGAGCAGCCGUCACUAGCCACGAUCCGCAAGAUGAAGAACGUAGACGGGAUUCACCUGGACGAGGAAGAGUGGGUCUCGCCAUGGAGGCGUGGCGCUAGCAUAUUGCACAUCGAGUUACGACGCUGGGCUGACAUGAUGCUCAUCGCACCGUUGAGCGCGAAUACCCUCGCCAAGAUAGUAAACGGCUUUUCGGACAACCUUUUGCUCAGUGUUGUUCGAGCGUGGGACCCAGAAGGUCUGAUAGACGGACGGAAGAAGAGGAUCCUCGUGGCUAGCGCGAUGAACUCUGCUAUGCAUAACCACCCUAUCACAGGGAAGCAACUGAGUGCCCUUCGGGAGUGGAACUGGUUUGAGGUGCUGCAGCCCAUGGAGAAGACAUUAGCUUGUGGAGAUACUGGUUCGGGAGCGAUGAUGGACUGGAGAGAGAUUGUUCAGAUCACGGAAGCACGUCUGGGGCUUUCGAAAGAGUAG